GCUCCACACACAGCUCCGCUGACUGUCGGGAUGUGACCCCGGAACAGGACGCCUCCUCAGAAACAACACACCAUUCAAAUAUAAUCCAAACGACAGAAAGCUGGACCAGGAGAGAAGCCAGAGAGCGAGUGCAGAAAGCAAGACGUGAUCAAACACACCGGUGCCUUCACGUCACGUCACAUCUCACCCCUCCCUCUCAAGAGCUACCUCCCCUCAAGCAGCGGAGCGGGAGCGGGCGCUGGAGCAGGAGCCGGAGCCGGAGCAGGAGCAGGAGCAGGAGGGGGGAUGAACCGCGAGGAGGCCCCCGGAGGAAACAAGUCUCCUGAGGAGAUGUACAUCCAGCAGAAGGUCCGGGUGCUGCUCAUGCUCAAGAAGAUGGGCUCCAAUCUGACGCCCAGCGAGGAGGCUUUCCUCAGGAACUAUGCCGGCGUGGUCCACAGUCAGAUGAGCCAGUUACCACAGCACCCCAUAGACCAGGGUGCCGAGGACGUGGUGAUGGCCUUCUCCCGCCAAGAGACAGAGGACCGGAGGCAGUGACGUUCCGCCCAUAACCCAACCACAACCCUGCCGCAACCCAACCACAACCACAACCCAACCCAACACUCCCCACUCACUCACCCACGGCAGCAGCAGCAGUGGCGCACCUCUGAACCCAACACUGUGCACGCCACGGGAUGAGAGAUGGGGAUGGUGGGUGUCAGGAUGAGGGAGGGGAGGGGAGGGGAGGACCAGGUGGAGUGAUUGGUUGGGAGGGUCAAAGGGAGAGAGAUGGAUGGAGGGAUGGUGAGGUGGGAAUGGAGGACGAGAGGUGUGAAUCCAUCACGGGACACUUGGCUCUUUCUUUUCACCCACUUCCUUCCCUCUCUCACUCCCUCGCUCCCACCCUCCUUCCUUCUCUGUUCUCCUCCUUCCUCUCCUCCCCUUCCAUCUCCUCCUCUUCAUAUGAACUGUCACACUAAGCGCUACGGUUAUGCGCCAAGAGAAGAAAAUGGGAGAGAACUGUCAUGAGAGCAUAACCAUUUACUUGGUCUGUCAACAGUUUUAUUGUUUGAUUUGUGGAGGCGUGGUUUAGUUUGUUUAUUUUUUAAUUUUUGCAUUGUGUAUUAUCUGAGCAGUGUUGUGUUUCAUGUAUGUAUGUAUGUGUAUGUGUGUGUAUGUUGGUGUGAGUGGACCAAGCUCAUUUAUGUGAUUGGUCGAUCUAAAGGGGCAGGGAAGUGGGGGAGGAGAAGGAGGGAGGGAGAUCGGGGUUUGCUAGUUAUCUUUUCAAAUGUUGUCCGUAGAGGGACUGGGUCCGAGUCUGUUCAUUGGAGGAUGAUUGGUGAUGUCACUAAGAAUUACUGCCCCCAGAUAUAUGGAAGUGGUCCUGCGUGAUUUGAUGUCAUGUUUUGGGUUUUACUCAUUCGGUUUGAAUGAGAAGUGCUCUUUUUUGCAUACGUUUUUUUUCCCUCCUUUUUAAUUUCACACUAAAUGGCUGGAGGUCUGAGGUUGGCAGGUGUUGGCUGUACUGGCCAACAUGGAGGUGUGGAUGCACACAUGAGCAAGCACAUUCUUUUUUUUUUUCAGGUGCAGUUGUCAGAAUUUCCUCUACAGAACAAAGUCUUUUCACUGAAAUGUGCUGACCGAAAACACAUUUUUGUAUUGUAUCAGUAACAAAAAAACAGGACAGUGAAUGAUGUGUGCCAACUGUGUGGUUUGUUUUUUUGUAACAUUUUAAGAAUCUGAUGAAUGUCUUAGUUCUUAAUUUAUUGUUUAUCUUGUUAAACUCGAACUCCAGUGAAGGGUAUUUUUGAUCAACACACAACUUAAGGCCUGAUGGACUGUGACUUACAAACAACCAUGUUUAUCAUUCUGGGGUGCGUUUCUUGACAGUGUCUUUGCUAACACAGUUAGCAACUUAUUUGAUUCCAGUGCAAUUUCCCACUGGCAUCCUUGUAAGUUGCUAAGUGGUUAGCAUCGACGCUUUUGAGAAACGGGGUCGUCCGUUUGCCAAAACGCAAAAAAGAACGAUCUAAUGCUAGAUGCAUUGGGAUAUUAAACGUUUUACAAUAUUUAGGCAGUUAUUCGUGCUCUCCUUAUCUUGAUCAACAUGAAAAUGUUUGUGAUAUUCAAUAAUAACGUUAAUGAAAUUUGCUGAAUUCUGCCAUUAGUAACUACAGACCAGUCACUUUUAAUACAGAACCUCAGCCUUAACACACACACAAACACAAACACGCUUGCAUCAGAUGCAAGCACAGCACAAGCAGAGCUCUUCCGCUGCAAUCUAGCUUCUGACUCCAUUGCGCUAGUCUGUACCCUGUUGUAGUUAUGCCACUAGCAUGAAAAGCUAAAAGGGAAGUCUCUAUAACAGUGUUAUAAGCGCCGUCAAAUGUACCCUCCCAGGCCUCACGCAGAUACACUUGAUUAAAAUGUUUCUUCUCUAGUUUUGUCUCUGGACUGGAAUAUGUCGAACAAUACCUUUUCAAUUCUUCAACUCCUACUCAAUAGAUUUUUGACCUUUUUUUCUUGGAAUGACAUGACAUCCUGGGCAAUAUUUAAUGUGUAUAAAUAUAUUUUGUUAAUGUGGUUAACUUAAAAAAAGAGAAAAACAAUUGUAACUUAAUGUUUUAUUGAAAUCAAGCAUGCCUGCCUAGUGGUUUUUUUAAGUGUUUAUCUCAGUAGAUCUGCAAGAAAUCGUGACAUGUUGACCAUCACUUGCACAACCCUGGUGUCUGUGGAAGGGACGUCGUCUUUGACAUCACAGGCUAUUUUUUUAGCAUUAUUGUUGCGUUAAUUUUUCCGUUAUUGUUGCGUCCGUUUGAUCUUAAUGGCAAUAAUGGCAGAAAUCCGGAAACCGAACGUCCUCAUUGGCAGUUGACAAUGUUACAUUGUCUCUGCCGGCGAUAAAGGAAGUCUACUCAUUUUAUGUUUACUUUUUGUUUAUUGUUUUCUUUCUUUUUUAUCCGUUUUGCCUAUGCAUUUAUUUGUCCCUUAAUCAACAGUCUUACUGUGAUUACAUCAGGUUUUGUAAAUUUAAGCCCAUCAUCUUUACUCCCUGUUAGCAUAAGAAUGUGGUUUGGCUACUUCUAUUGGACUUCACUGUAAUUCUUACAGCAUGCUGUUCAUGACACUUAGUGCUGUAUAUUCUGUUUUUUAAUGUGAUGGCCUGAUGUUGCCUAGUUGUCUUUUAUUUUUUGGGAUUCUAAAAAAAACUGUGUUGCUUUUUUGUAUCUUGAAUUUGCCAUUUAUUUUUCAUUGAUAACUGAGUUUUUGUUUUGCUAUUUGGCUGCUGACCAUGUCCUUUGACUAAAUGCUUCCAAAACCUAUACCAACUGAACCAUUAAAGGAAUUUACUGAUGUCCA